UGAAGAGUGAAGAUGAUGAAGAGAAACCUCAGUCCUCACAGCUUCAUCAAAGACACACUGAACAGAUGGAAACAGAAACUGAUGGAGAGGACUGUGGAGGAGCAGAACCAGCCAGGAACUCAGAUCCAGAUACACAUUUACAACCUGAGACUGAUGACAAGACUGGAGAGUUUUCUGAACCUGAGACUGAUGACAGUAAUUAUGACUGGAAGGAGACCAGAGAACCUCAGUCAGGUUUAAACGCUUUGAAAAAUGAUGAAGACCCUGUCAGUGAUUGGAGGUGUAGUGCUGGUGAGAAAUCAUUCAGCUGCUCUGAGUGUGGGAAAAGAUUGAGCUCAGGGCAACAUCUGAAGAGACACAUGAUGACUCAUACAGGAGAGAGACCGUUCAGCUGCCCAGUUUGUAAGAAAUCUUUUACACAUCGUGGAAAUUUACAGACACACAUGAGAACUCAUACAGGAGAGAAACCUUUCAGCUGCCCCGUUUGUAAGAAAUCGUUUAUAGAGAGUGGGUAUUUACAGAAACAUAUGAUAAUCCACACAGGAGAGCAACCUUUCAGCUGCUCUGAGUGUGGGAAAAGAUUCCUUCGCAAGCAAACCUUAGUUCAUCACAUGAGAACCCACACAGGAGAGAAACCUUUCAGGUGCCCUGAGUGUGGGAAAAGAUUCAGCCUAAGGCAACAUCUGAAGAGACACAUGAUGACUCAUACAGGAGAGAAACCGUUCAGCUGCUCAGUUUGUGAAAAACCUUUUACAGAGCGUGGGAAUUUACAGAAACACAUGAGAACUCAUUCAGCAGCGAAACCUUUCAGCUGCCCAGUUUGUAAGAAAUCUUUUACAGAGAGUGGAAACUUACAGACACACAUGAUAAUCCACACAGGAGAGAAACUUUUCAGCUGCAAUGUUUGCGAGCAAAGAUUCUCUUGGCCUACACAGUUCAGAAACCAUCAGUGUGUUGGGUGUCAGUCCUCACAGCCUCAUCACAGUCAAACUGAGGAGAACAGAGAGGCAGAGCCUCCAGCCAGCAGCUCAGCUCAACAGAUGGAAACAGACUCUGAUGGAGAGGACUGUGGAGGAGCAGAACCAGCCACGAACUCAGAUCCAGAUACACAUUUACAACCUGAGACUGAUGACAAGACUGGAGAGUCUUCUGAGACUGAUGACUGAUGAUGACUGGAAAGAGACCAGAGAAUCUCAGUCUUGUUGAAACUCUGGAAGUCUCUGUAUUACGUAUGACGCUUAUUACUAACCAAAAGUAGUUAGAUGUUUUGAGUGUGCUAAAAGAUUUGGCUGCUGGAGUCUUUGUAAUUUCACAGGGCAGUUAAACACAUGAGGACAUGACCAUAUUAUAUACCAUGUCAUCCAGGUAGCCGAGCUUCUUUCAUCUAAUCUACACCACAAUCACACCAAACUUGGUGAACCGACUACAGAUUGCGUUAUCUCUCUAAAUGUUGUUCAUGAACACAUAACAAACACAUGAUGAUUCACACAAACAACCACUCAGAUGAAUCCUCAGAGGCUAACGGCUUUCAGCAGUGUAAAACACAUCUCUGAACAGCACAGACUCACGGCACAGAUAGUCAAAGCAACAAACAAAGCGAACCUCCGUCAUACAUUUACAUCAACAGAUUCUGUUUCUCUGCUCUUCUGUCUGUUUGGAUAAAACCGCCAGAUUUCAGUUGUUGACACCCCUGUGCUUCUGUUAGUGCAUACAAGUGGGUAAACAUGGAGGCCUCGAGGAUAUGUUUCAGACCAGUGUCACACCAUAUUCUGGCCAAAUGACGCGAGUUGGGAACCACCAGUGGCCCCAUGAUACAGUAGGCCCGUUUCCACUGAAGAAGUUCCUGGUACUAUUUGGGGGAGCAGGAACUACUACAGGAACGUCCUCUCAACCGCUGUGUCUCCACUGAGAGAGCGGAGUACGAGGAAGGUUCCUGUAAAGUUACCGGGCUCUGGAUGUGACGUAAUCAUUGUGCGACCAUUUACCGGGGCGACGUAGGGACGCCGUUAGCUGAUAGCCCUUAGCUGUGUCUGUAAUAACUCACUAAAUGGCCUGGGGAAAAAUAUUUUUUCCAGCGGAUGUCUUAGUUACAACAUGAUUGAGCUAACUGGAGUAGUUUCAUGUCGUAUCCGACAACGGGAGGUUUUUAACAGAUGACGUCCUGAUGUUAGCUUUGCUGCUGCUGUUAGCUGUCCCUGUCAGCUGAUGCUUUCUAGACAUCGUGAUUUCCCAAAACUGAAUAAAUACCACACAUAGCAACACAAAACUGCUUUGCUAGCUCAAUCAUGUUGUAACUAAGAUAUCUGCUGGAAAACAUAUUUUUUUCACGGACCGGUUAUUGAGCUUGUUUACAUGGCGGUGGAAGCUAUAUGAACGAGCUAACCCUCGUCUGAUGAGUUUUAAAAAUGCCGGCUAUUUUGCCGCUUUCUGUUGACGUCACAUCCCUCCUUGAGUAUAUCCAAUCAGCACCAAGUAAUCCCCAAGCCCCAGCCAGGAGUUUCUCGGGGCCGUUCUGAGUACCUACUCCGAGGCAGGGACUUGUUUAGCCCCUGUAAAAGUUCCGGAACUCUGUCCUUCGGGGGUGGUUCCUGCGGGGGAGACACGCACCAACGGCCCCGGCCCCGUAAAAUUACCCCAUAGUUCCUACGGUGGAAACGGGCCUAAUAUUAUAAUGGUAAAUAAGUCAUGGUACAAUCUUGCGAUUUAAAAGGCGUUGCGAUAUGCUGAGUAUUGCAGUAAAAUAUAUUGCCAUUUAUUACCCUUUUUCAGCUGAAAAUAAUGUCCUCAAAGGAAAACUUUGUCAAUCUCAACAGUUUUAUCGAAUAAAAUCAAGUAGUUCGUCUGUU